CAUCUCUGUGUCCCAUCAUCACCCGGCGCCGGGCCCUCCCUCCCUGCCCUCCCCUCCUCCCUCCUUCCUUCCUUCCUUCCUUUCCUCCCUCUCUCCCUCCCUCCCUCCCUCCCUCCCAGCUCCUCCACCAGGAAACAACCGGAUUCCCGAUCCCGACCGAGGCCUUCUUCCUGACUCGGCUCCACUCUCGCCGGGAGGAUGAAAGGCCUCAGCUGGGGGCUCCCUGCCAUCAGCACUGGGUCGUAAGAGCUGCCAUCCAGGCUGGCCGCCCGGAUGGCGACCCCAGCCUCAACCCCAGACACACGGGCUCUAGUGGCUGACUUUGUAGGCUAUAAGCUGAGGCAGAAGGGUUAUGUCUGUGGAGCUGGCCCUGGGGAAGGCCCAGCAGCCGACCCGCUGCACCAAGCCAUGCGGGCAGCUGGAGACGAGUUUGAGACCCGCUUCCGGCGCACCUUCUCUGACCUGGCCGCUCAGCUACACGUGACCCCAGGCUCAGCCCAGCAACGCUUCACCCAGGUUUCCGACGAACUUUUCCAAGGGGGCCCCAACUGGGGCCGUCUUGUGGCAUUCUUUGUCUUUGGGGCUGCCCUGUGUGCUGAGAGUGUCAACAAAGAAAUGGAGCCAUUGGUGGGACAAGUGCAGGAUUGGAUGGUGACCUACCUGGAGACACGCUUGGCUGACUGGAUCCACAGCAGUGGGGGCUGGGAUCUUGCCUGUACCCCAGUCUGGCCUCAGGCUCAGUGUCAACAUUCCAGGUGUGUGCCACCAGAUCUGGCUGACUUCUUUGAAAAUUUAAAAAACACCCUUAAAUGUGGUUAUGGGAAAUAACCCUAAAAUAAUAAUAAAUAACUAAUCAAUAACCAAUAGAUAAUAAAAACACAGCCCAAAGCUGGAUGCCGUGUGGCCCGUUUAUAAUCCCAGCCUUUGGGAGUCAGAGGCAGGAGUAGUAGUUCAGUGCCAGUGUGGCUGAUAGGAAACCCUGCUCAACACACACACACACACACACACACACACACACACACGCACGCACACAACAGGAAUUUUGACCAGAAAGCAUACUCUAAUGGACGAUGUGGCUGCUUCACUCAUCACUCAUCUCUAGAGAAAAUUAAAUAUUUUCGGCGUAUUUAACAUAGUUCUAGGCUCCCAGGCAAAGAGAGUGGGGGGACACAUCUCAGCUCACAUGUUGCGCUUACACUCCAGUAGGGAAUCAAACAAUAAGUAAAUCAUAAAUAUGUUAGAAGGUAGUAAAUACUAUGAGGAAAGAUGCAUGGUGACCCAUACCUUUCGCCCUAGUGUUAGGGAGGCAGCUGCCAGGCAGCUCUGCAAAUUCAAGGCCAACCUGGGCUACAUGUGAGACCCCCCCACACACACACCUAAAGGUAUUAUUUGUAAAUAAAAGGAACAAGGAUAGGAAUAUGUAGAUGCUCUGAUUUUAAAUCAAAUGGUCAGGGAAACCCUCAUGUCUAAGACGACAAGUAAAACGGUGAAUUAUGGUGUAACUGAAGAUACCUAUUAGCACUAUUUUCCUAUAAAACUUCUAUACGUGUGAUGAUGUGAACUAGUGUGUGUCGGUGUGAAGAAUCAUACUUUACAUGUGUGAGCCUCCCUGCUUAAACGAAGACUUCAGCAAGAGCAGAUGAACAUACCAGUUGUGGUUUUGUCUGGUAAGGUGGCUUUUGUUCUUUCUGCUGUCAGCAUUUUCUGAUCUCUGUGGGGUAAUGAAUAUGAGCAUCUGAUGGAGCAACUAAGAGCAAGUUUUUCAGAUAAAAAGUUAUUAAAAAAGUAGCCAACCAAGUUCAGGGGUGGGCAUUUAUACUUGCAGUCUCAACAUGAGAGGGAUGGGAGGAGACACUGAAAGUUGGGGGGUGAUCUUUCUACGCAGUGAGUUCUAGGCCAGCCAGGGCUACCUAGGCAGACCUUUUUUUUUUUUUUAAUUUAUUUUUUAAGAUUUUUUAUUUUAUUGUAUAUGAGUACACUGUAGCUGCCUUCAGAUGCACCGGAAGAGGGCAUCAGAUCCCAUUACAGAUGGUUGUGAGCCACCAUGUGGUUGCUGGGAUUCGAACUCAGGACCUCAGGAAGAGCAAUCGGUGCUCUUAACCACUGAGCCAUCUCUCCAGCCCCUAGGCAGACCUUUUAUUAAAGAUUAGCCACUCAGUGGGCUAGAGAGAUGAUUCAGUCAUGGAUGGUGGAAAGGGUAUACUGAGUCUGGUAAGUUGUCCUCUUACCUCACACAAGUGCCCUGACUCAUGUUCCCUUCAAAUAAGUGUAAAAAGAAAAAAAAAAAAUUAAGGUUAGCAAAUCAGUUGAGCUAGAGAAAUGGCUAUUAGUCAAGAGCACUUGCUUCUCUAAUUAGAGGAGUAGGGUUCAGAUCCUAGGAUCUGUGUCAGGUAGUUCAACCCCACCUGAAACUCCAGCUCCAGGAGAUUAUAAACACCUUCUGGUUUCUGUGGGCACCAGAACACAGACCCAUACAUACAUAAAACGCUUUAAAAGUUAGCAGUCAAAACUGAAAUUAAGCAGCCUGGUAGAAGCCCCUUCCACCUUUCAAUGCUAUCUCACUUCUGUACCAGGUCUGAUCUAGGAAGUUAAUGCAAGCUAGGUCAGACCACAUCAGAAGAUACCAGGAUCUUUCUAAAAUACACCAAAGGCUGGACAGAUAGCAUUAAUGAGUGCUUGCUGCUCUCACAGAGGACCUGGUUCACAUCCCAGCACACAUAGAAUACCUCGCAACUACCUGUACUCCAGUUCCAGGGGAUCUGACACCCUCUGGCUUUUGUGGGCUCCUGCAUGUAAGUGCUACACAUAAACUCACACAAGCAUACAUACACAUACAAAUAAAAGUAGUAAGUCUUUAAAAAUAGCAUAAGGCUUCAAGUCUUUGCCAGCACUGUCCAGUAGAAUAUGAUGCAAGUCACAAAAAGAGUUUUACAUUUUUCUAGGAGCCUCAUUAAAAAUGUAAGAGAGUGCCUUUCAUCCUGCAUUAGGAAGGCAGGAGUGGGAUAUCCCUGUGUAACUAUGUAGCUCACUGUCCUUAUAUACACUAUAUAGACCAGGCUGGCCUUGAACCCAAAGAGGUUCACCUGGGCCCAGCCCUUUUUUUUUUUUUUUUUUUUUUGAGACAGGGUCUUAUGCAGCCCAGGCUAGCCUCAACUUUCCUAUAUAAAUGAGGUUGGCCUUGAACUCUGCUCCCCCCCACCCAAGUGCUAGGAAUUCAGGAGUAUCUUGUUAUUACGUCUAGCUCUGUAGGGUAUUUUGUUUUUAAAGAUUUUAAAAAUGUAUAUGGGAGUUGGGGAUUUAGCUCAGUGGUAGAGCGCUUCCCUAGCAAGCACAAGGCCCUGGGUUCGGUCCCCAGCUCCGAAAAAAAAAAAAUAAAAAUGUAUAUGUGUGUGGGAGAGAAUAUGCGUGUGUUUGUUAGUGCCCAUGGAGGCCAGAAGGUGUUGAAUUCAGUAGAGCUGAAGUUACAGGUGGAGUGAGCUUGUGGGUGCUGAGAACUGAACUCAGUUCUCAGUAAGAGUACCAAGAACUGUGGUUUUUGAGACAAGGUUUCUCUGUGGCCUGGCUGUCCUCAAACUCACAGAGAUCCACCUGCCUCUGUCUCUCCUGGGGCUGGGAUUAAAGGUGUAUAGCUCUGGCUACUCACUGUGCAGACUGGCCUGGAAUUCCUGGCUAUUUUCCUGCUUCAGCUUCUCAAGUGCUAAGAUUACACAUGUGUAUAACAAUGCUGAAAAAAUAUAACCUCAGGAAGGUGAGGCAGGGGAUCUCAGGUUUGAGGCCAGACUACAUAAUAAUACAGCCCAGUCUCCGGAAGGGAAAAAAAAAGCCCAGCAAUGAUGGUGCACAAGCCUUUUUGUUUGUUUUGUUUAAUAAUUUUUAAUGUUUUUUUAAGAUUUAUUAUAUAUACAAUGUGGCUGUCUUCAAACACACCAGAAGAGGGCAUCAGAUCUCAUUACAGAUGGUUAUGAGCCACUAUGUAGUUGUUGGGAUUUGAACUCAGAACCUUUGAAAGGGCAGUCAGUGCUCUUAACCACUGAACCAUCUCUCCAGCCCAAACAAGCCUUUAAUCCCAGCACUUGGGAGACAGAGGCAGGCAGAUCUUUGAGUUUGAGGCCAGGCUGGUCUACAGAGGGAGUUCAAGGAAAGCCAGGACUACAAACAACAAAAUUAAAACAAAAAGAUUUAGGGGAAUGUGGUUUUAUAUAGGGUAUUCAUUUAGUAGAUGGACGUGCCAGCACACACCUUUAAUCCCAGAGUUUAGGAGGUAGAGGUAGGCGGGUCUCUGUGAGAUUAAAGUCAGCCUCGACUAUAUAAAUUGAGCUUCAGGCCAGCCAGAGUCAGUUAGUGAGGUCCUGCCUCAACAACACUGUUGUUGCACGAAGGCAUUUGGUUCUUACAUUUCCCUUCAUUACCUUGCUUAAGUUGGGUGCCAGCAAACCCUUCAAAAUUUGAAUUGGUUAGAAUCAGUGUGAGAGACCUUUCUUUGGAACUCAUUUAGUGCCUGACUUCGGUGAUCAACUUCAAUUGGGAUGAAUCCCCAGCAACAGUUUGACGCUGCUUCCAGCUCCCAAACUCCUGAGGUAAGGAAUUCGGCAGUGGGGUCAUAAGCCAUGCUUCUUUCUGACUGUGUUUUGCUUAAACGUAUUCCUUUUUGUCCCAUUCCCCUUUUGCAACCAAGUUAACCUUUUUGGUUGUGCUUGUAUGAAUCUACUCCCCAGACUUGUAGUUUGGUCUGUCUACAAAAAGUCCUCUUGCAGAUUUAGCACUACUAUUCUUUAUUUCUAUAAAUGUGUGAAAUUUCUACUGGGGUGUGGCUAUCGUACUCUCUUCUCCAGAGCCAGCUCUCAUGGUUACUUGAAGGUGCAGAGCUGUCUUGAGCACCUACAUGGAGAAUUUCCUCUGGGGUCUUCAAAGGGGUUUGGAAGCUAGGAAACUGGACCUAAAAGUUGUAGCCCUCCAAUAAUCACACAUGUGUACUCUGCUAAGUGUACCACCAUGUAUGGAUCCAAAUAUAAACAGGACUUGAGCCCUGGUCUGCAGGCACUCCACCUAGUUAGGAAGCAGCACAGAAUCGCUAAGUGUGCAGCGGAAAUAGGCCCACUUGUCUCAAGAUAGAAUGGGAAAGCUGGUGGAAGGCAUUCUCACUGAGGUCUGGUUUAGGAGAAACUCCACAGAUAGAGGCUAAAUCUUUGAACCUCAGGUAAAACCGGGGAAUGAGAGAAGUAUGGAGACACUUGCAAACUAGCCCCAAGGCUACAGUAAGAAAUUUUGACACUUCAGCUGGCCAGGAAAAAGAGGGUGCUGUACAAGUUAGGCAAGAAAACAGGCUAAGUCUAAGCAGGGGUUAGAGUCUAAAACAAUCACCUCUGCAGAACAAUGGGACAACUCCAAGUCUGAGUGAAGAUUAGUGAGGUUUGUUGAUUUUUUUUUUUAAAUACUAUUCUUUAGGCUACUUCUCUAUGUAGUGCUGGUUGUCCUUGAACUCACUCUGUAGAGUAGUCUGGUUUUGAACUCACAGAAAUCCGAUUGCCUCCGCUUUCGGGGCGCUGGUAUUAAAGGCAUACGCCACCACACUCAGUCCAGGAAUUUCCUAUCGUUAAGCCAGGCAACCCUUUCGGGAGCAAGGUUCACCUGUCGCACAGCGGGUGUCAGCCCGUCGAAUCCCAUAAGCCAAUCGGCAUCCAAGAAUGGGCCACUUCGGUGAGACGUUUGGAAGAUUGGUCCUUUCCACUUCACCAGUCAGGGGCCAAUUGCCAAGCAUCCUCCAUGUUGUGGACCCGCCCAUGGGCGGAGGAUGAGC